UCCGUCCUGCAAUUGCUCUUAUAUCCUUUAAACCAUCAUCAUAUAAAUAUCUCCAUCCAUCCACGGAGAAACCGACCCCGGAAACGACUCUUCGUCUUCUCUCAGACCCGCCAAGAUGGGUGGAGAAGCCGCAGCUCCAGCUCCAAGCACCUUGCCCCGGGCGCCACAGCAGCCGGUCGGCCAGCGGAUCCAUAACAUCUACACUGACCGACUCCGCCAGUUUAUCGGUCCAGGUACCUAUGGUGGAUCGUGGAAUCUAACCUCGAAAAUCAUCGAAGCCUCCGAUUCAGACGAGGACCAUGUCAAGCUCUCUGUUUACUCAGUCCCCAAUCUGGAUCGUCCUUCAUUUGAUGAGGCCGUCUCGCAUGAGUUUGAACCCACCCAUAUCGGAGCCUCCUUUGGCCCUAGCUGGUCCACCCAUUGGUUUCAGAUCCGUCUCACCAUCCCUCAUGAUUUCCUCGACAAAGAGCGUCUCGAAUUUCACUGGGAUGCGCACAAUGAAGGUCUGAUCUGGACCGAGGAUGGACAUCCGCUGCAAGGCUUGACGGGUGGAGGAGAACGUAUUGAAUGGGUCAUUCCCGAUGCCUGGCGUGACGGGAAGGAACAUACGUUCUACAUUGAGAUGGCAUGCAAUGGCAUGUUUGGCACUGGCUCUCCACCAAACCCCAACGUGUACUUUACGUUACAGACUGCGCGGAUUGCUGCUAUUAACCUUCAAGCUAGAGGGCUUUACUAUGAUUUCUGGAUCAUUGGAGAUGCUGCUCGAGAGUUUCCCGGAGAUUCAUGGGAGUCUCAUGAAGCGAACGUGGUAGCCAAUGCUAUCAUGGAUUCUUUCAUUGCUGGUGGUGGAAGCAAAGAGUCCAUAAUUGAAGGACGCAGGAUUGCUAGGAGAUAUCUCGGAGACAAAGUCGAUUCUGCAGAGGUCUAUGACAGCGAUACGCAUCCUAUUGUUUUUGCUACGGGUCAUUGCCAUAUUGACACCUGCUGGUUAUGGCCGUGGGCAGAGACCAAGCGCAAGGUCGCCCGAUCAUGGUCCAAUCAGUGUGACCUGAUGGACCGGUAUCCCGAGCAUCGUUUUACCUGCUCUCAAGCCCAGCAAUUCAAGUGGCUCGAACAGUAUUACCCGUCCGUAUAUGACCGCGUGAAGCAGUGGGUGAAGAAGGGGCGUUUUCAGCCCAUUGGUGGCAGUUGGGUUGAACACGACACCAACUUGCCUAGUGGUGAAUCUCUCGUGAGGCAGUUCAUCUACGGCCAGCGGUUCUUCGAAAGCCAUUUCGGAAAGAGAUGUAACACCUUCUGGCUCCCGGACACCUUUGGCUAUUCGUCGCAGAUCCCACAGCUUACCCGUCUGGCGGGCAUGACCCGAUUCUUCACACAGAAGCUCAGCUGGAAUAAUAUCAAUAACUUCCCCCAUACCACGUUCAAAUGGGUCGCACUUGACGGCACCCAGGUGAUGUGCCACAUGCCUCCAUCAGAGACAUACACCGCCAGCGCCCACUUUGGAGAUGUGAAACGCAGCGUGACCCAGCAUAAGUCCAUGGACCAGGACAACACGUCCCUUCUCGUCUUUGGCAUGGGAGACGGUGGUGGUGGCCCGACCUUCGAGCACCUAGAGAAGUUGCGUCGCUGCCGUGGCCUCAGUGACAAAGUUGGCUUGCUUCCACGAGUAAAGAUGGGAGACUCCGUUGAUGACUUCUUUUCCCGACUCGAGAAGAAGGCGGCGGCAGGAACUCAGUUCAUUACUUGGUACGGCGAGCUUUACUUUGAGCUGCACCGUGGUACGUACACAACGCAGGCGAAUAAUAAGCGGAACAACCGCAGAGCCGAGUUCCUGCUGCGGGAUAUUGAGCUUCUGGCCACUUUGGCUUCCCUCACUAGCCCCUACGGAUAUAAAUACCCUAAGGAGGAUAUAGACGACCUGUGGGAGGGAGUGCUUCUGUGCCAGUUUCACGACUGUCUGCCUGGAAGCUCGAUUGAAAUGUGCUACCGUGAUUCAGACGCGCUGUAUGCCAAGAUUUUUGAAAAGGGUCAGAGGCUUAAGAGGAAUGCACUGAGGGAGUUGGGUUUUAUAGAGGGUGACGACGAUGAUGAUCUUUUGGCCAUCAAUACGUUCCCUUGGCAUCGUUCGGAAGUCGUUAAGAUACCCGGGGUUCCUGCAAACUCGAUGAGGCCUAAGUAUACCCUAGUGAGCGGAGACACAGGAGUCAUCCAGAGUCAGCCUUUGAAAGCUCAGCAAUCACCCGCUGUGGCUGUGGCGGAAAUUCAGCCUGGAGUAUUCCGUUUGUCGAACAAUAAGUUGAGAGUUGAUGUCAGCAACGGUGUCAUCACAUCUCUGUUCGACAUCAAGGCACAACGUGAAGUUAUAGCCAAGGGUGGCAAAGCUGGCCAACUGGUGAUCUUCCAUGACAAGCCUCUCAACUUUGAGGCUUGGGAUGUGGAACUUUAUCACCUGGAUUCUAGGAAAGAGUUGACAUCCAGCAAGGCCAACAUUGCGGAGAACGAUCCACACCGGGUCAGCGUCGUGACUGAAACGAAGAUCAGCGACAACAGCUGGGUCAAGACGACCAUCAGCCUCUCUGCCGCCACUGGAGAUGAACUGCCGUACGUUGAAUUCUUGAGCGAAGUUGAAUGGCGAGAGAACGCCAAGUUCCUCAAGGUAGAGUUCCCUGUUGAUAUCUUGAAUACUGAGGCGUCAUACGAGACGCAGUAUGGUAUUACCAGACGUCCGACUCACUAUAACACAACAUGGGAUGUGGCCAAAUUUGAAGUAUGCUGCCAUAAAUGGGCCGAUCUGUCCGAGCACGGAUACGGUGUCUCCAUCCUCAACGACUCCAAAUAUGGCUUCGCAACGGCUGGUAACGUGAUGCGUCUCUCGUUGCUCCGCUCACCCAAAUCACCGGAUGCGCACGCUGACAUGGGCCGCCAUCACAUCCGCUAUGCCAUCCUACCUCACGCAGGGCCGCUCGACUCCCGCAUCGUCCGCGCGGGAUACAAUUUCAACAACCCGCUCGUCCUCCAGCGAUCAUAUUGCGAUGAAGCCAUAAAUGCUUUCAAGUAUAUUUCCCUCAGUGGCUCCGAUUCUCUUGUUCUGGACACUGUCAAGCGUGGCGAGGACGACGAAGACGUCUCUCGUGGUGAUUUGCCUGUGCGUCCUGGCAAGAGUAUCGUUCUGCGCAUUUACGAAUCCCUAGGCGGGAAGGCCCGUGGAACUAUUUCGAGCAAGUUCCCAGUCAAGAAGGUCUGGAAGACUAAUGUUCUGGAGGAUGAUGAGGAGGAACUUGAACUCAGCUCGCAGUCGGCGGAAGGUGUUGUUAGCAUUGAUAUUGAGUUGAGGGCUUUCGAGGUUGCUACUUUCCGGUUGCAGCUGUAGUUGGGAUUUGACCAUUCUGGAAAUGGCAUUUCCUUGAAUGAUGGCUAUGAAUUGAGAGGAACCGCUCAUUUCUUUUUUUUUAUUUUUCCUCAGUUCUUUUUCACGACUUGCUUUGAAGAAACCAAUUGGUCAACUUGAUGUAAUGAGUAGCACCCACUCAGAUCCAAUAUCGUGAAUUACUCUGUCCUGUCAGACUUGCUUCAAAAUUUGGCAUGAGAAUGGAAAGCUUAUUGCAUUGUGCAUAGGAACAGUUAGCUCCUCUAUUCCAUCUCCUAACACCAGAAACAACAUGAUAUGCUAAAGUAAAUGUUGUGAAGACUCCUUGCGCCUGUCUGCAUAACGCAUAGUGCAUACAUAGUACAUAUCCAUAUACAUGUCAGCCUGUGGAAUAUAAUAAUACUCCACAAUAUUCCAUGUUAUGUAUACCAUACAACUUUCACCAUGAAAACAUCCCAACCCAAAUGACGUGAAUAAUAAUAAACGCCGUAUCAAACAGCAUACCAAAACCGGGUAUCAUAUGAGGAACACCAACAGUAUCCAUACCGACUGAAGAAUGAGAAUGGAUGGAUAGGAGACAUAUGCGUGAUAAACCACUCAAUCCCUCCCAUAUGUGAUCUUCAACCUCUUAACAGGCGGCUUAUCACUUUCAUCCCCAUCAUUAUCAUUCUUGUUGUUAUUCCCACCUCCUGAUUUCUUCUUAUUGUUCUUCGAUGAUGUAUUCUUCACGCUAUGGUUGCCAUUACCGCCAUAUGUUGACGACGGCGUCGGGGCGAGGGAAGGAGUCUGUGACGAAGAAGGGGUGGGAGAGUCCUAUUCCACAAAGGAAAGGAAACAUACACGCAUAAAACUAGCCGAACUCCUCGAAAACACCCUAUCCGUCUCAACAACCUGCGCCUUCCGCCUCGCACUGGCCGAUCCGCCCGCCAAC